GCACACGUCAGUCUCACGUGAGAGUCAAGCUGAGCCGCUAGUAACUCCAACUCAGUGCCGAAGAUAGAGCAAAGCAGGACGGGAGGAAAAUGUUGCGGGUCACGAGCUCCGGGACCGGCUGAUCAGUAACCGACUUCACACACCGGAAGCCACACACGACUGAUAAUCCCGUUAAAUUUCAGUCAUCAUCGUCGUUUCCUCCCAAGACUGGACGUCUUGAGUUCUCUGUGGAGCACCAGUCCUCUGAGGUCUCUCCAUGCCUCCAUCUCCACUCGACGACAGAAUUGUGGUGGGGCUGCCAAGGCCUAUAAGACCUCAGGACCUCCGACUCUGCCUGGACACCAGCUACCUGGAAGCCACCGUGGGCUCCGUGGAUACCGUCAGCGAGACGACGGUCAUCAGAAGCACCACAGUGGUGAAGAUCCAGGCGACCAAGCUUUCGUAUAUGCCCUCGUCCAGCGGCUCCACGCGCUCGUUGACGUGUGGAUGCACCAGUGCCAGCUGUUGCACCGUGACGACCUACGAGAAAGACGGGCAGACGCGGUCCCUGAGCCGGGUCAGCGCCAGCAGCCCCGAUCUGAACUCUGGAGUCAGCUAUGGCGUUCACCCCGUGCCCUCCGUGCCGUCGGCGGGCCGCAGCGAGGCGUACAGCGCUCCCAGUCUCACCUCCGCCGUGACCCGGGGCGGCAUGCGGGUCAUUCACCCUAGCGAGCUGGCGAGGAGGCUGAUGCACUGCCCUGAGGGUCACCCAGUCGGCCCCGUGCCUGUGAUCAUCGACUGUCGGCCCUUCAUGGAUUUCAACAAGAGUCACAUCAGGGGCGCGGUGCACAUCAACUGUUCGGACAAGAUCAGCCGCAGGCGACUCCAGCAGGGCAAGAUCACGGUUCUGGACCUGAUUUCUUGUCGUCAGAGUAAGGACUCCUUCAAGGGGAUUUUUUCCAAAGAGUUGGUGGUGUAUGAUGAAACCACAGUCGACCCUGGACGGCUAACACCGUCUCAGCCUCUUCAAGUGGUCUUGGAGUCUCUGCGCAGGGAAGGAAAAGACCCCAUCGUCCUUAAAGGUGGUCUUGCUGGUUUUCGACAGAGCCAUGAAGAUCUAUGCGAAAACUCUCUUCAACCGAUGGAAGGGCAGGACGGCAGUACCGCCAUGGGCCUGACGGGGGCGCUACCUCAUUCUAUACCCUCCACACCAGAUAUAGAGAAUGCAGAGGUGACUGCAGUCCUCCCCUUUCUGUUCCUGGGCAAUGAAAGAGACGCUCAAGACCUGGAACUAAUGCAGCGGUUAAACAUCGGGUACAUCCUCAACGUGACUACGCAUCUGCCGCUCUACCACUACGACCUCGGGCACUUCAACUACAAACGUUUACCGGCCACCGACAGCAACAAACAGAACCUGCGGCAAUAUUUUGAGGAGGCGUUUGAGUACAUAGAAGAUGCUCAGCAGGCCGGUCAGGGCCUCCUCAUUCACUGCCAGGCCGGUGUGUCUCGUUCGGCUACCAUCGUCAUCGCCUACCUGAUGAAGCACAGCUGGAUGACCAUGACAGAUGCCUACAAGUUUGUCAAGUCUCGACGGCCUAUCAUCUCCCCCAACCUCAACUUCAUGGGUCAGCUUUUAGAGUUUGAAGAAGAUCUUAACAACGGCGUCACUCCACGUAUACUCACGCCCAAACUCAUAGGCGUCGAGACGGUCGUAUAGCAUCUCCUUCUGAGCAGUCUGCAAGAUGAUAUCCAUUCAUUAGGGAUCUUUUAUUUGAGCUAAAUAAGGAUUUCCACUUCAGGAUAUCCUUAAGUGGCCAUUUAAGGCCUUUUUUCCUUCACUCUCGUGAAUUUCGAGAUGAGGAUUGGGUGUCAAGAUAAACACUGUGUUUUGCGGUCAUGUGCACUUGGCCGCUGGUGCUUGCUUUAGCUCCAAGGGGAGAGAAAAGAUUAAGGCUUUUGGUAUGCCAGUAUUCUAAUUUUAUUUUUAUACAGGAGAGCGACCGCUGGCACGGCCAUGACAAGCCUACGGUGGCUUCACUGUGCAAUAAUUUCUGAGCGGAAAGCAUCCGGCGGAGCGAUGUGUACUGUAUAUAACCAUUUGUGAGGAAGACUUUUACGUGACCUCGUUGCAUACAUUUUCAUUGGAGUCGAGUUUAAUGUGGACCUGAUCGUCUCUGUGCUGACGAUUUGUGGCUUUCAUCUUCACAGCAUAAAACACCUGAAACCAGCGUAUGAGUGCCAGUCUGUGUAAGGGUUUUUACCAUAAUCAUGAUUAUCUCUGACAAUCACAACUACUUAUUUUAACAAGUCCAUUACAAAGAAAUAACUGCAUGAUAAGUAAAAGAAUAUGGACCAGUACAAAUAUAUAUAUUUAAUAUUAAAUUAUAUAGUUAUAAUAACCAUUUGCUUGAAGAUAUAAAGAACAAUUGAAUGUUUACCCUGAUAUUUUCCAUAUGAUAUAUAAGUAAAUGAAGAUAUCUCCAAAAAUGAGAAAAUAUUUGAAAGAUUGAAAGCUUACAGUGUGCAAAUAUAAUAUAUGUGUGCAUAUAACUUCAUAUGGAUUAUAAUUGUGUUAAGCAUUUUUAUCAUUUUUGGAGUUUGUAUGGAAAAGCUUCUGUUUUACUGAGAAAAGACAUUUGUAAAUGACAUAAGGGUUGGUAAAAACUGUUUCCUUUAAAGGGUAUCUCGACUAUAAAACGUUAUACUUUAUUUGCCUUCUACUACUGAAAUCCAUUGAUUGAAAUUUUUUAAAAUGUCAUUACUUCAAAAAAUCCCAACAUUUCAUACUCAUUUUAAGCUAUAGAGGCCGCUAUUAUGUUUUGCGCAUGUUUUCUCAUUCUGGGUCAAUGACGUGUAACUGUUAAUACCAGAUGCGAAUGAAGCAAAUAAAUUACUAUAUUCGCGUGUAGUUGGACCCUUGUAAAAUUUUAAGUUAACUCGUAAAUUCUGAUGCGAACUUGAUGCAAUUUGCCAGCUUUAACUAAAUUUUAGUCUCAGUAUGUAUAUAUAUAUAAUAGCUCAAACUGAGUAAAAGGUUUAGUAAACUGUAGUAAUAUUUCACAACAAAAAUUAUGGUGCGUUCAUACCAGACGCGCAUGAUUUACAUGUUAAGUCAAUGCAAAGACUCGAUAGACGCAAUACACACAAAAUCAUUGUCACUGUGUCUGGACACCUGGAGCUGUACAACACAUCUUUGUACUUUUUUUUAAAAACAGAAAAGUAUGAAGAUGUGUCAUACAGCUCCGUAUUUUUUAAGGCAUUGCGCCACUUACUGUCUGUGUGCAUUUUUAACUCUCAUCUUCUGCUUCACAAGGCAGGCAACUGUUUGUUUCUCGGAUGGCCAGCUACACCCGGUAGAUGAACGUAGAUACUCAACACGACUGCAUAUCAAAAUUCCGAUUGGAUGGAAUGUUGAUUGACAUUGGCUUAGCCCAGCCAAAAUCCAACCCAGGUGGAUAACUUGCCAGUUUCGAAAAUGAACGUAGCAAAUGGGUGACGUCGUAUCGUUCAGUAGUGCUGUUGCAGUUGAUCCGUACGGAUGACAACCCACGGUUUGGCUCGCAUGUGAUUCCCAGAUUAAUACGCAAAUUUAAAUAGGAAAAGUUUAUCAUUUGCACAUGUUUCAAAGGCUUGCAAAUGUUAACACUCAAGUGAUUUAAAAAAAUGUAACCGCAAAAAGGCGCUAAAGUAAGCAGCUUUCUGUAUGCACGUGUGGUUUAAUGUGUCCGGUCCAGCUCCAGUCAGGCGUGAUUCAAUUCAAUUUUAUUUAUAUAGCGCUUUUCACAAUUGUUAAUUGUUGCAAAGCAGCUUUACAUGAGUAGAUGUAGAGGAGAACACAGAAAAUCAAGAGAUAAUAUAAGAAGUAGAAUAUAGCGGCUAAGGUUAAACCGUACAAGCGAGCGUAUUAAUAAUGUAACGUAUACAGUAAAGUGCUAAGUUAAGCCAAAGUUGGCUGGCUCUCCCUAGGACGAGAAAACCCGGUGGGAAAAACUCCUAGAAGGACAAAAACCCUUGGGAGAAAUUAAUAUAUAUUUAUAUCUAUAGACACGGUAGGGAUAGGAAGCGGGUAAGCGGAUUAAACUGGUCAAACUGGUCAAUCAUCCCUGUAUGCCUUUCAACGAUCUGAACUCUUGAUGUGUACAUUUUAGGAAGUUGCGUCACUGUGUCUCAUAGUGUAAUCGAUUAAAAUACAUUUGGUGAAUAGAGCAAUGAAAAACAACUUAAAGUUUUUAUGUGGGAUGACUUUAUACUGCGCCGUUUAAAAUUCGCCCUCCGUCUUUGUGUGUGCACUUCAGGGGCGUCGCUAGUCCCCUUUAAAUGGGGCACGUGCCCCAUUGUAAAUCUUUUUUGCCCCGGUGUAAAUCUCGAGUUUAAAUUUUAGCAGUUAACUAGUGCAAUUGUUUCAAAAAACGGAUCUGUAUGCAAUGUAGUUAUACUUGUAAAAGCGACGAAGCAGUCGCAUUGACGCAUUCACGCAUGUAACCAUGUCCGCACGCGUCUUUGCAUUCAUCCGCACACAACCGCAUUCAAAAGGUGAUGCCACGCGACUGAGUUAGCUAAUGAAAACAUGACGAGACUAAAGUAAGUUUCUAAAUAAUAAUGCUAAUCUUAUUUUGACUCGAUCAUUAUUGGCUUCUGUAGAUGUACAUCAGAAAUUUUUGUGCAAAGCAGGGAAAGGGAAGAAGAAAGGAGAGAUGAUGAGUUUACAUCGCUGUAGCAUUAAUAAAAUGGGUUUUGUUUGCAACCUUUUGACGUCACGAUUUGUGAUGUAAACAAAAUGGAGGCGUCCGAAUUAAAAGAUUUUAUUAAAGUUUUUAAAAACUAUUCCAUUUAAUUUCACAUUCAUAUAGCCAAUCCCAGUGUUAAUCUAUUAAGCCAUACAUGUGUUUAUAGUUGGGGUACCCUUUUAACAUCAUAAAACAUUCAGUCUGUUUAUCUCUUCACAUAUCUGAUAGCGAUAGGCUCCGGGGCGGAUCCGUAUCAGGUCUGCUUCGAAGGUGGCAGCUUCGGUCCAGAGCCUAUUACUAUUGUAAUUCUGCUCAUGUUGGUAUGUUUUCACAGUGUUGAACUUCUUCUCUGUUACACACUUCAGACUUUGUCGUCAGUAAUUCUCCCUCUAUUGGUGCCUUACCUCAUGACUACUCGUGACGUUUUUUUCGAGUGGGCAAUGAUAUGAAUUUCUUUUUAAUGUGUUAGAUCAGGAGGCCCAGUGUCCUGAACUUUAGCUCCACCACACCUGUGUGUAGUGUUUCAGGUGUGUUUGAUCAUGGAUGGAGCUAAACUCUGCAGGACAAUGGACUUUAACACCAUUAUUAUGGGGCUGGUUAUACGUCAUGCUAAUGGGGCUAAGUUAUAAACUGAAGAAGUUAUAAAUAAAUAAGAGCAAGUUCUUAUUUCCCAUGAAAAACUCAAAUGCUGUGAAUUAACAAACUCUGGGUUUGUCUAAAUAUUGAAAUACAAAGUGUACAAGAGAAAUUAUUUUUCAUUGUGUAAUCUCUCAACAUUUAAAAUGUUUUCUAUAUAAAGUUUUAUUAUUUAGCUUUACACAAAUUUUCUCACUUUGGCAUAAUACUACUUUUAAAAAAAGUAAUACUACUAGACGGUAACCUUUAGUAGGUAAAA